GUCACGAAACAAUCAGUGAUACGCGCCUCGUUCAAUUAGGUUUGGUCGUGGAUAUUUAGAAUGAUUGCCCAAAAUAAUGUUCAUAGUACCAACAACGAUCCAGUCGAAUCGUCCGAUUCAUCGCCCAUAACGGGAUCAUCGAAUGCUACAGGUACUUCACGGCUGUUUCGACAGUUUGGAAGCCUGUUUUCGACUCCCGCGCCGCCGAAUGAUCCCGCAGGUUAUGUCGAGUUUGGCAGCAUAUCCGACCCAGUUCCCGGAUCCAGUAGUCGAACGUUGGGAACGUUCGCGGGCGUCUUUUGUCCCGUGGCGCUAUCCAUGUUCAGUGCUCUGGUGUUUAUCCGCGUCGGAUUCAUCGUAGGCAAUGCUGGCCUGUACGUAACGCUGUUACAAUUUAUUAUAGCCUACGUUAUUCUGCUGUUCACGGUGUCAUCCGUCUGUGCGAUUUCGACAAAUGGAGCCGUUGAGGGCGGUGGCGUGUACUUUAUGAUAAGCCGAACACUUGGACCAGAGUUCGGAGGGUCGAUUGGUACUCUCUUCUUCCUUGCGAAUGUUGUGGGAUGCGGCCUGGCCAUAUCAGGAUGCGCUGAAGGUAUCAUCCAGAACUUUGGACCAACUGACGAUAGCAUCGAUAGUGGGUCGAUUCCAGACGGGCGCUGGUGGCGUUUUCUGUACUGCAGUUGCAUCAAUACUUUGAUGCUGAUUGUGGUACUGAUCGGAGCAGAAAUGUUCGCAAAGACGUCGAUGGUCAUUCUCGGUGUAGUGGUCGUUUGUUUACUUUCAACUUACAUCAGUUUUCUCACGCAAGGCCCAAAGGAGGUAAACCUUCCGCGCGAGAAUCAUCUGGUUAACUUUACGACGGCACACUACAGCGGACUGCAGGCAGAUACAUUAUGGGCGAACCUUCACAGCAAUUACACCAAAGAUUACACAUCGGACGGCAAUCAGGUGAAUUUUGCCGUCGUAUUUGGUGUGCUGUUUUCUGGUGUUACCGGCAUCAUGGCUGGGGCAAAUAUGUCUGGCGAGCUGAAAAAUCCAUCCAAAAGCAUUCCAGCCGGUACUCUGUCAGCGGUUCUGUUCACAUUCCUGUGCUACAUGGCACUAGCUGUACUAAUAGCGGCCACUACAACGGGAACCCUGCUGCAAAACAACUUUCUGUUUCUUGGCCCGAUAAACCUGUGGCCAACGUUUGUGACGAUCGGUAUUCUUACAGCGACCUUUUCCACCGGCCUAAGUAACCUGAUUGGGGCCAGUCGCGUAAUGGAAGCGCUCGCGAAAGAUCGCGUUUUCGGCUCACUCAUGAACUUUGUAGUCAAGGGGACGUACAAAAGUAACCCCAUUGCAGCAGUGAUCGCCAGCUGGAUGUUAGUUGAGACGAUUCUAUUGAUUGGCUCGCUCAACACUAUCGCGCAAAUCAACUCGGUGCUUUUCAUGCUUUCCUACCUUGCCACGAACUUAGCAUGUCUCGGUAUCGAAAUAACGGGAGCACCAAACUUCCGCCCGACGUACAAAUAUUUUACUUGGCAUACGGCUUUUAUUGGGCUACUCGGCACAGGCAUUAUGAUGUUUGUGAUCAACUCUAUCUACGCGCUGUCUAGCAUCAUACUUUGCAUGUUUCUCGUCAUCGCUCUGCACCUUUUCUCACCCGCAUCGCAGGGUGCACAGUGGGGAUCGAUUUCUCAAGCAUUAAUGUUCCAUCAGGUUCGUAAAUACUUGUUAAUGCUUGACUCCCGUAAAGACCACGUAAAGUUUUGGCGUCCACAAAUGUUGCUACUCGUGUCAAGUCCACGUUCUUGCUGUCCGCUAAUCCACUUUGUGAACGAUAUGAAGAAAGGUGGUUUGUACGUCAUAGGACACGUAAAAGUGGGCGAGUUCGAGGACAAUGACUCCUCCAACGAUCCAACAAUUGAUGAGUACACGCAGUGGCUUUCACUUAUCGAUCAUAUUAAAGUCAAAGCUUUCGUGGAGUUAACGCUAUCGAGAACCGUACGCGAGGGCAUACAGCAAUUGAUACGUAUUGCCGGUAUGGGCGCGAUGAAACCUAACACGACUAUUUUAGGCUUUUAUGACGAGGAACAAGCCCGGGACUUUUUUGAGUAUGAAGAUUCACCGUACCGGACGAAUGAAUUCGAUGGUGACGGAAUGAAGCUAUUCCCUUAUCGCAAAAAUGGAGACGUCAAGACAUUGGACGUGGUCGAAUACGUACGAAUCAUCGACGAUGUGCUGCGAAUGAAAAAGAAUCUCUGCCUCUGUCGCCAUUUCCAUCGAUUGGAUAAACAGAUGAUAGCACGCAACAACCAUAUUCGCUACAUUGACGUCUGGCCGGUGAACAUUUUUGAGCCGAAAAAUGAGGAUUCCUUCGAUGUUGUUUCACAGUUUAUGUUGCAGCUCGCAUGUAUCAUCAACAUGCUUCCAGUGUGGAAGAAGCUCGAAUUACGCGUUUUCCUAUGCGAGUCGGAAACGAUGCUUGAAAAUGGUGCUAACUUCGAACGUCCAGCGGAACACAGACUUGAUCAACGGUUGAAGCUAUUGAGAAUAUCAGCUUCGAUUCACAAGAUACCCGAAUGGAACAAAGAUAUUGAUUUUGUCAAAUAUCGGAGUAUAUUGAAACCAUUUACCGGAAAAAGCAGUAGUAACCGAGCGAUGACGGAAGAAAACAUUAACCGCUCGAAACUGUACAUGCAAAGAAUUAAUCAUAUUAUUCGCGAGAAGUCCAACGCAACGGCCGUGACCUUUAUGUACCUUCCGAUUCCUCCCGCGACAGCAUCAAUCGAUUAUGAAGAAAAGUGUCACCACUAUCUUGAUUUGCUCACUGAGCUGACAUUUGAUCUUCCACCCACCAUUCUUGUCCAUGGCAUCGACGAUGUUACCUCCACAACUCUCUGAGGCUUUUAUGAAAGAGUGUUUGCAGUGCCUGUGAAUUAACAGAAAAAAAACUUUUCUUUUGGAAUCUACAUGGAAAUAAUCGGAAGCUUCUUGGACAUUGUUUUGCCGUCGACCGAAACCAAGUAUGGCUAUACUAUAUCAAACAUGUAACCCACGGAAUUAAUGAAGCCAUAGGGAGUGGUCGUAUUGAUCUAUCGCAAAAGAUAUAAAAAGAAGUUGGAAAUCGUUACAAGCAUUACGAACUAUUCCAUGGUUUAUAGCGUUUAUCUAAUUUUAAAAUAAUUAUUUAUGUUUCUUGUAGCAUCAUCGUUAUCAAAUUUAACUUUAAACAUAAUAUGCAUUGCAGAGCUUAUAUUGACAUUUAGAUGUUUUGAACUCCAAGGUGAUCGUGAAAGAUGAUUUUCAAAGUAGAAUCCUCUUCCACCAGAAUUCGAACCGUAUUAUUGGGAUGAUUAGCAAUAUUCAUAAAAUUACGUUAUUACGUCCAUCUGCAACUCUCAUUGUAACACCAAGUAUCGUUUUUUAGCAAUAGUAACGAUUGCAUAAUU